AGGCCGCGCCCUCUCGUGACGUCACGAGUAAUUCCUGCCAGGCUCCGGGUAACUCCUCCUAUUCUUCUUUCGCUGCGGCGGAAAGAGCCGAUCGUUUCCUGACUCACGUCGGUCCACGCUGGGAUAAGGAACCCUCUCCGGUCGUUGCCGGUUCCCCCUCCGCGGCAGAGAUGGAGACACUCUGCGGACCAGAGCUGCCUUUCUGGGUAGCAAAUGAGACGCUCCACACAGACCGGCCUGACCUGCCCCAGUGUUUCCAGCUGUCCGUCCUGGCAUGGCUGCCCUGCAUCUUCCUGUGGGUCGUGACCCCCAUCUACCUCUUCUAUCUCAAGAGGAACAACAAAGGAUACAUCAUGAUGUCCAUUUUGAACAGGUUCAAAACGGUGUUCGGCCUGUUGUUAUGGAUCGUGUGUUGGGCAGAUCUCUUCUACACGUUCCACGAACUGCGGCAGGGGAACAGCCAGCCGCCCAUCUACUUUAUCACCCCGCUGGUUCUCGGCAUGACUAUGCUGCUGGCCACGUUUCUGAUCCAGUACGAGAGGUUACGCGGGGUUCAGUCCUCAGGGAUCCUCUUCAUCUUCUGGUUCCUGUCUGUGCUGUGUGCCAUCGUGCCUUUCCGCUCCAAGAUCCUGCAGGCGUCCAGCCAGAGCGAAGUGACCGACAAGCUGCGUUUCACCACGUUCUACAUCUACUUUGCGCUGACGGUGUGCGAGCUGAUCCUCUGCUGCUUCAACGAGAAGCCUCCUCUCUUCUCCAGCGUCGUCACAGACCCCAAUCCCUGUCCCGAGUCCACAGCGGGUUUUCUCUCCACCCUCACAUUUUGGUGGUUCACAAGAAUGGCCAUUAAAGGCUACAGGAUGCCUCUGGAAGCCAAAGACCUGUGGUCUCUGAACAAGCGCGACAGCUCCAAAGUGAUGGUCCCCAAACUGCUGCGGGAGUGGGAGAAGGAGCAGGUCAAGGCCAAGUGCGAAGCGAGUCCGCCGAACCAGGCGCUGUACUACAAGCCCCCGCCGUCCUCCUCCAUCACCCCCAACCGCAUCGCAGAAGGCGGCUGCGUGAGGCCGGUGGAAACGGAGGUGCUGCUGUCCAAUCAGAAAGCUGCUCCCCGCCAGCCGUCUUUCCUGCGCGCACUCAUCAAAACCUUUGGCCCUUACUUCCUGAUCGGCUCCGGCUUCAAGCUCCUGCAGGACUGCAUCACCUUCGUCAACCCUCAGCUGCUCAGGAUGCUGAUCUCCUUCACCAAACAGAAAGGCGUCCCUGACUGGUGGGGAUACUCUCUGGCCUUCCUCAUGUUCUUCACGGCGUUCCUGCAGACGCUCAUCCUCCACCACCACUUCCAGUACUGCUUCGUCACUGGCAUGAACGUACGCACCGCCAUCAUCGGCGCCAUCUACAGGAAGGCGCUGGUGAUCACGAACUCGGCCAAGCGCUCCAGCACAGUGGGCGAGGUGGUCAACCUGAUGUCGGUGGACGCUCAGAGGUUCAUGGACCUCACCACGUUCCUCAACAUGCUGUGGUCGGCUCCGAUGCAGAUCAUGUUGGCUCUUUAUUUCCUGUGGCAGACCCUCGGCCCCUCCGUGCUCGCAGGCGUGGCCGUCAUGAUCAUGUUGAUCCCUCUGAACGCCGUCAUCGCCAUGAAGACCCGAGCUUACCAGGUGGAGCAGAUGCAGUACAAGGACGCGCGGAUCAAGCUGAUGAACGAGAUCCUGAACGGCAUCAAAGUCCUGAAGCUGUACGCCUGGGAGAACUCCUUCAGAGACAAAGUUCUGGCCAUCCGGCAGAAGGAGCUCAACGUGCUGCGCAAGACGGCCUACCUGGGAGCAGUGUCCACCAUGGCCUGGACCAGCGCCCCCUUCCUGGUUGCCUUGACGACAUUUGCCGUGUACGUGUACGUGGACGAGAAUAACAUCCUGGACGCGGAGAAGGCCUUUGUGUCGCUGUCGCUCUUCAACAUCCUCAGGUUUCCGCUCAACAUGCUGCCACAGGUCAUCAGCAGCCUGGUGCAGACCAGCGUCUCGCUGAAGCGAAUCCAAAACUUCCUGAAUCACGACGAGCUGGAUCCGGACUCGGUGGACAGGAAGAACACCGCCGCAGAUUUUUCUGUGACGGUCGUCAACGGGAAGUUCACCUGGGCUAAAGAAGAUUCUCCCGUUCUGCACAAUAUGAACCUGAUGGUGCCUCAGGGAUCUCUGCUGGCCGUGGUCGGACAGGUCGGCUGCGGGAAGUCCUCGCUGAUCUCAGCUCUGCUCGGCGAGAUGGAGAAAGUGGAGGGAGACGUUUCUAUCCGGGGUUCGGUGGCGUACGUACCUCAGCAGGCCUGGAUACAGAACGCCACGCUGCGUGACAACAUCCUGUUUGGGAAACCCUACAAUGAGCAGAAGUACCGCUGCGUUCUGGAAGCCUGCGCUUUGACCCCUGACCUGGAAGUGCUGCCGGGAGGAGACAUGACGGAGAUAGGAGAGAAGGGCAUCAACCUCUCGGGCGGUCAGAGGCAGAGGGUGAGUUUGGCCCGAGCUCUGUACAGCGACACCGACGUCUACCUGCUGGACGACCCGCUGUCCGCCGUGGACGCCCACGUGGCCAAGCACAUCUUUGACAACCUCAUCGGCCCUGAGGGGGCGCUGAAGGACAAGACACGUAUCCUGGUGACACACGGCAUCACCUUCCUGCCUCAGGUGGACAACAUCAUGGUGAUGGUGGACGGCUACGUGUCAGAGAUGGGCUCCUACCAGCAGCUGCUCAAGCAGAACGGUGACUUCGCCGAGUUCCUCAGGAACUACGCUGUGGAGGACAUCGUGGAGGAGGAGCCGGCCCUCGAGGAGCUGAUUGAAGACGAGGAGUUGUUUCCAGAGGACGCGCUCAGCAACCACAUAGACAUGGUGGACAGUGAGCCGGUCGUCAACGAAGCCAAGAGACAAUUCAUGAGGCAGAUCAGCAUCAUUUCGUCAGACGGAGAAAACCCGCGGUGUCGCUCGAUAAGGAAGCACGGCAGCAGCCAGAGGAAACACUCGGAUCCGUCGGACAAGAAGAAACCAGAGAAGAUGGAGCAACUCAUACAGGCCGAGACAGCAGAGACGGGCAAGGUGAAACUCCAAGUGUACAAGGAGUACGUGAAGGCCGUGGGGCCGCUCCUGUCGGUGCUCAUCUGCUUCCUGUACGGCUGCCAGAGCGCCGCCUCCAUCGGCGCCAACGUCUGGCUCAGCGAGUGGACCAACGACGCCUCGAGAAAUCAGACCGGCGACAAUGUCAACCUGAGGGUGGGCGUGUACGCGGCGCUGGGCCUCGCACAAGGUUUGCUGUUGUUGGUUAACUGCCUGCUGUGCCGGGCUCACAGCAUGCUGAAGGCGGCCGAGCUCACGCACCGCGACUUGCUGCAGGGGGUGCUGCGAGCGCCGCAGGCCUUCUUCGAGGGCACGCCCACUGGGCGGCUCCUCAACCGCUUCAGCAAAGACGUGGACACUAUAGACUCCGCCAUUCCUGAGAAUAUUGACAUAUGGAUGCGCACCUUCUGGUACACGCUGAAUGUGCUGCUCAUAUGCUCUGCCCUCACCCCCAUGUUCCUCGUAGUCGUAGCCCCGUUAAUGCUGUUCUAUUGGUGGGUUCAGAGGUUUUACGUGGCCACGUCGCGGCAGCUAAAGCGCCUGGAGUCGGUCAGCCGCUCGCCCAUAUACUCUCAUUUCUCUGAGACCAUCACGGGCUCCAGUGUGAUCCGAGCCUACGGCAGACACUCUGCCUUUGUCCACAUGAGCGACAUGAAAGUGGACGAGAACCAAAAGAGUCACUAUCCUGGUCUCGUGUCCAACAGGUGGCUCGGCGUGCGGAUCGAGUUCAUCGGGAACUGCAUCGUGCUGUUUUCAGCUCUGUUUGCGGUGACGGGAAAAGAGAAUCUGAACCCCGGCCUUGUGGGUCUGUCGGUGUCCUACGCUCUGCAGGUGACCAUGUCUCUGAACUGGAUGGUGCGAAUGACAUCAGAUCUGGAGACAAACAUCGUGGCAGUGGAGAGAGUGAAAGAGUACUCGGAGACAAAGACGGAGGCUCCCUGGGAGAUUGAGGACAAGAAGCCUCCUCCUGAGUGGCCCAUGAACGGGAACGUGCAGUUCCAGAGCUACAGCGUCCGCUACCGCGAGGGUCUGGACCUGGUCCUGAAGAACCUGUCGCUGAGCGUCAAAGGAGGAGAGAAGGUCGGCAUCGUGGGUCGGACCGGAGCCGGGAAGUCCUCCAUGACUCUGUGUCUGUUCAGGCUGCUGGAAGCUGCUGCAGGAGAGAUCACCAUAGACGAGGUGAAGAUCUCUGAGAUCGGUCUGCACGACCUGAGGUCCAAGCUCACCAUCAUUCCACAGGAGCCGGUUCUCUUCUCCGGGACGCUGAGGAUGAACCUGGAUCCCUUUGACCAGUGCAGUGACGAGGAGGUUUGGCAAGCUGUGGAACAUUCUCACCUCCACAAGUUUGUCAGCAAUCAGCCGUCGAAGCUGGAGAUGGAGUGUGCGGAGGGCGGAGAGAAUCUCAGUGUGGGCCAGAGGCAGCUGGUGUGUUUGGCUCGAGCUCUGCUGAGGAAGACCAGGAUCCUCGUGCUGGACGAAGCCACGGCCGCCAUCGAUCUGGAGACGGACGAUCUCAUCCAGUCCACCAUCAGGACUCAGUUUGAGGACUGCACCGUGUUCACGAUCGCACACAGACUCAACACAAUCAUGGACUACACGAGAGUCCUGGUGUUGGACAAAGGACAGGUGGCGGAGUUCGACACGCCCACAAACCUCCUGUCGCAGAGAGGAAUCUUCUACAACAUGGCUAAAGACGCAGGUCUGGCUCAGUAGAAGCCAUUUUUUUUAUUUCUACUUCGUCCCAAUGUUACGAAGCAGGGUUGAAGGGACCAGACGCUUUUUACUUCCAGACGCGGCAAAACGCUUGCGAGCGAAGAGUUCACGUCUCGCUCGCAGCCGCCGUGUUUCCCCUCGAGCACUUGCUGCUGGUUUUGUUUUAAAUUCUGAAAUCGAGCCUGAACUUCUGCAAACAUUGGAUCAGUUAGCGUUUGUCUAAAAACUACAGCAGGACUUUUUACACAAAUCUCCUGUUUUUCUUUUGUGAUGUAUCGUCCUGUGUGGCAAACACUGUCUUUUUCAAUAGAAAAUAAAAAGAAUUUAUAUAUAUAUGUAUAAAAAAAAGCCAUAAGUGCAAGUACUAGUUGAUCCAAGUCUGCUCUUUAGUGCCUUCUACAGUGGGAUGAACAACGCCAGUGAAUGUAACGUGGUUUUUUAUUUUUUUUCUACAAGCAGAAUAUUGCUGUGCCACUGUACUUUUUUUUCUCAUAUGAAACGUCAAAAAAAACCGACGUGUUUUUGUUGAUAAACCCACUAUUUUUUGUACUGUACCUUUUUUAUUUAAGCUACUUUUUAAAAGACGCUUUUCUUUUGUAUUCUAGGGAAGUUUGUUCUGUCGUGUGUGUGUGUGUGUGUGUGUGUGUUUUUAUGAUUCUUCUGUGAACCAAAUCUAUACGAAAAACUUGAAUUCUGUACCACCAAAAUAUGAAAUAUGAUUAUGCCUUCAUUAAAAAAAAGAAAGAAAGGA